AUGAAUCGGACAUCACCAACAACAAUAGCUUCCAUCACAAUUUGUGUUUGCUUUCAGACUGCACCGUUACAACAUCGCACCACAACCCCAGCCCUGAGCCACCACCACACUGCCUUCGCAACAGCCCAGAACCACCACUAUACCACCAUUGUUUCCUAUUUCAUCUACGUAGUAGGCCUAUUUCAAAGACUUGAGAACACCUUGAACUAUGGACUUGAAAGGGUUUGGGAUGUUGGAUACAUGAAAGGUUCACGUCGGAUUGUUAUUGGCUAUGAUGAAGGAACCAUAAUGGUGAAAAUUGAACGUGAAGAGCCUGUAGCCAGCAGGGGCAAUAGUGGAAAAAUUAUAUGGGCUAAACAUAAUGAAAUUCAAACUAUUAACAUCAAGAGUGUGGGAGCUGAUCAUGAGGUUUCUGAUGGAGAGAGGCUGCCUUUAGCAGUUAAAGAACUGGGAACAUGUGAUCUUUAUCCACAAAGCUUGAAGCACAACCCAAAUAGGAGGUAUGUUGUUAUCUGUGGUGAUAUACACAGCUUUGGCAUGAAGUACUGGUUGGUAAAAAAUUCGUGGGGUGCUAGAAAGUAUCACCCGAAAAACGAUGGGCCAAAGGUUUCGUUAUUUAGUGAUGAUGAAGAGACUAACAGCACACCAAAAGCAGAUGCUCUUUUUAUUCCAAGGGAGAAUCCAAGAGCUCUGGUUAUUCGCCCUCUUAAACAAUGGCCUGGCAAAUCAUCUGCUGAAAAAUGA